AUGAAAAGUCUCAGGUUCCUCGCUGCCGAGGGGUUCGCCCAGAGUGGCCAGAGAGCCAGGGAGAACCUCAGUUGUGUGUCGUUCAACCUCUACCCGCUCCUCUUCAAGGCCUGCUACAUGCACGAGAUGGCCCUCCUCCUCCACGACCUCGUCCAAACCUGGCCCCUGCACGAGCUUAACCUGCAAAGGCUCCUGGGAAAGACGGUGGACUGCCAGGAGGAUCUGACCUCAUGCACCUGCCGGCUGUGCCUGGAAGCUCUGCUGACUGGCCUGAAGUCCUAUGUACUGCGGCCCCCAGAGACCUACGCCAAGACCCUCCGUGUGGUAGACCUGACUGGGCUGAAGGACACAGAGCACCAUUCCUGUGCCUGUGGAUCCACCCUGGGCCGCUGGGCCCGCACCCAGCUCCUCACCCGCAUGUGCUACGAGGUCAUGGUGGCCAUCGAGGCGGGUGACGCUGCACCCUCCGCCCUCGAGACCGAGGUGGACGUGCGCCUGAACGGCUUCGUCACCGGGCGGAACUACGAGGUGGUGGCCCAGGCCUUCCUGCUCCUCCGUCACUGCCCCUUGAAGCUGCGCUUCGUUGGGUUCCGAGGCGACUCCCUGGCCCUCAAACAGCUGUUCUACGUGCUGCGUGUGGCCCAACCGGAAGCCAUGAGGAGACUCGAGGUGGUCCAUAACGUUCACUUGGAGGCCCCGCACCUGGAGUUGCUGUUGUCCCGGAUGGAUUUCCCCCAGCUGCAGUCCCUGACGCUGCCUGCGGGGGCGAUGGACGUGCGAAGGCUGGGCUCAGAUGAGGAUGACCUGCUGGCGACCAUUGGGGAUCUGCUGAGCCGGCUGACUGAACUGACAGAGCUCUACAUGGGCUUCUCCACCCUCACCGGACACCUGCGAAGACUGCUAAGCCCCCUGAUCACCCCACUGCAAUGCCUGGAGCUGGCCAACUGUCACCUGAACCGAACAGACAUGGCCUACCUGGCCAACAGCCUGCACAGCGAGAACCUGGUCAGUCUGGACAUAAGUGGUCACGACGUGUGCGGCCUCUUCCCCACCACCUUCAUCAAGCUGCUCCAGCGCUGCGCCGCAACCCUCCACAGCCUCACCCUGGAGGACUGUGACCUGGAAGAUGAAUACAUGGACAUCCUGACCCAGGCCCUGGCUCCCUGUCGCGGCCUGGAGGAGCUGAAGAUACUGGGCAACCCUCUGAGCGCCACGGCCCUGCGCCGCCUCUUCUCCACGCUGGCUGCCGGGUUCCCAGCCCUGAGGUACGUGGAGCUGCCAGUGCCCAGGGACUGCUACCCCGAGGAUGUCUCCUACCCCAUGGAUGAGACGGUGCUGCUGCAGUACGACAGGGAGAUGUUCCAGGACGUCAGGGGUCAACUGAUGGGGAUCCUUCAAGGGGCGGGGAGGGGGAACGUAGAGGUGGUUACCCCCUUGUUGGGCGCUUAUGACGCAGAUAUCAACGAGACCAGUAACGAGCUGGGGGUGUCCAUGGUGAAAUCCUUCAAUAGCGUCAUUGGAAACUUUAUUGAUACAAUUACGGCCCUGGACAACAGGAGAUCCAACAAAGAGGUUGAUUAA